AUGGAGGCAACAAUGUCGGCGUGUAAAUCUCUUACUUCACCGUCCACCGUUCCCGUCGUCACUGGUUUAUUUACGGCGAGAGGAGGAUUCAACAAGAAUUCGCGUUCUCAGUGUAGUUUCUUAUCGGGAACUAACAAGGUGAAGUUUCCUAGGCAAAUUUCUCGACCUUGUAGACAACGCCGAACACCUCAUUCUGGUGCUCUUCGUGUAACUUGUGGUGUUGAAAAGAUCUUGAUCGCGAAUAGAGGCGAAAUCGUUGUUCGUGUUAUUCGUACUGCUCAUGAAUUAGGGAUUCCUUGUGUUGUUGUUUAUUCCACAAUUGAUAAGGAUGCUCUUCAUGUUAAAUUGGCUGAUGAAGCUGUUUGCAUUGGUGAAGCUCCCAGUAGUCAAUCGUAUUUGCUGAUGUCAAAUGUUUUGGCUGCUGCUACUAGCCGCAAUUGCACAAUGUUGCAUCCUGGAUAUGGUUUCCUUGCUGAGAAUGCUGGGUUUGUUGACAUGUGCAUAGCACAUGGAUUAAACUUUAUUGGGCCUAAAUCUGACAGUAUUCGGGUUAUGGGUGACAAAGCAACUGCAAGAGAAACAAUGAAGAAAGCAAAUGUUCCUACUGUUCCAAGAAGUGAUGGGCUUUUGCAGAGCACUGAAGAAGCUAUCAGGCUAGCACACAAAAUUGGUUUCCCUGUGAUGAUCAAGGCAACCGCAGGUGGUGGAGGACGAGGUAUGCGUCUUGCUAAUGUACCUGAGGAGUUUGUGAAGUUAUUACAGCAAGCUAAGAGUGAGGCAGCUGCUGCAUUUGGAAAUUAUGGGGUUUAUUUGGAGAAGUACGUUCAAAAUCCAAGGCACAUUGAGUUCCAGGUUCUUACUGAUAAAUAUAAUAAUGUUGUUCACUUUGGAGAGCGUGAUUGUAGUAUCCAGAGGCGUAAUCAAAAACUGCUUGAAGAAGCGCCAUCUCCCGCAUUGACCCCAGAGUUACGGAAGGCAAUGGGAGAUGCAGCAGUUAAAGCUGCUGAAUCUAUUGGGUACAUAGGUGUUGGAACGGUUGAGUUCCUUUUGGACGAAAGGGGUUCUUUUUACUUCAUGGAGAUGAACACUCGUAUCCAGGUUGAACAUCCCGUGACAGAAAUGAUUUCCUCCAUUGAUUUGAUAGAAGAGCAAAUUCGUGUAGCUCUGGGCGAAAGGCUUCGAUAA